AUGUGGACAAGAAAGAGACUGGCGCUUCUGGCCUUGUUGUCAGUGUUACAUAUGGCUAAGACUCAGAAAGUGUCAACUCUAAAUGGACCACUCCUAGGACAACGACUGUCAGUCUUGGGCAAGUCCACUGACGUAUUCUAUGGAAUCCCAUAUGCCAAGCCUCCUGUAGGCGAUCUACGCUUCAAGCAUCCUCAGCCUUCAGAGUCAUGGGGACCGGAAGUUAGGGAUGCACGAAAGCCUACGCCAUCUUGUUUCCAACCUGAAGAUGCUCUAAGCACUGAUGAGAAGCACAAACAGAUGCCCGACGAUUACAGUGAAGACUGCCUUCACCUUACAGUGUGGGUGCCAUCAGACAAUGGAGGCAAUCUGGCAGUGAUGGUCUGGAUCUAUGGUGGAGGUUUUUAUAGUGGAUCUACACGAAUGCCACUGUAUGAAGGGAAAUACAUUGCAGCAGAGAAUGACAUCAUUGUUGUUUCAAUGAAUUACAGAGUGGGGCCAUUAGGGUUCAGCUACCUUGGCCCAGAUACCAUCCCUGGCAACAUGGGCUUGAUGGAUCAAAGAUUAGCCUUGCAGUGGGUGAAAGACAAUGUUGCCAACUUUGGCGGAGAUCCAACCCGAGUCACCAUAUUUGGAGAAAGUGCUGGUGGUGCAAGCGUGAGUCAUCACCUGGUGUCACCUCUGUCACGUGACCUGUUUGACAGAGCCAUCAUGCAGAGUGGGACCCUCAGUUGCCCAUGGGCAUACACCGUACCUAAAUCAGCAAAAUUAAAAAUAAAGAAUCUUGCUGAUCAUCUUCAAUGCCCUUCAUCUUCAACUGAUGCAGACAUCUAUGAGUGCUUGAAGACAGCAGAUGCACAAAAUAUGACAGAUAUUCAGCGUGUUUUGUUUGAUGAAGAACUUGUAUUUGUUCCAGUUGUGGAUGGGUACUUCCUUCCCGAUGACCCCAAAACUCUUCUGUCCAGCGGAUCCAUCAAGCAGACCAGUGUAUUGCAUGGGUUUACAGGAGACGAGAAUACUCUGUAUUUGGCAAUGAUGCUGAAUCAAUUGAGAAACGUGACCAAGUUACCAGAAACAUUGACUUUAAGUCAGCGAGAGUAUGAAAGUCUUCUUUCCUUUGACUUUGUUGGCGGUAGAGGAAUUGGAGAGCCUCUUCGCCUGUUUUAUGAAAGUCAGAAAGUCCCUUUAAAGGACACUCACUAUUUUGAUGUCGUGACUCGCAUGACUUCAGAUAGGGAUUUCAAGUGUCCUCAUCUUGAGUUUGACAGAUUGUACUCUCCUGCUAACCCUACCUAUGUCUAUAGCUUUAAUCAUCGACUAUCAGUUAGUCCGUUUCCACAGUGGAUUGGAGCAACCCAUUGGUACGAGGUUGAUUUUGUGUUUGGUUGGGUUCUGGAAAAGUCUCUGGGAUGUACAGAGGAGGAGAUGGAACUCAGCAGGACCAUCAUGACCUACUGGACCAACUUUGCCAAGUCCGGCGAUCCGAACUCUCCUGUCCCCGUCAAGGUGAACUGGCCAGCCUCUGACAACACUGAUCUCUCCUACAUGGCCCUUGACGUGGGCAGCAACUUAUCAGCAGGGCACGGGGCGGUCCACCACGAAUGCGUCUUCAUCAACAGGAUUCUACCCAUGGUUUCUAAAGACCCACCUGGUGGGCAGGAGUACUGCACAAGAGGAUGACCGGUAAACGUGUUAAUAAGAUAGAUAAUAAUCUGCUGGGACAAGUAUGUUGGUACAAUAGGUAUCCACUCCGGCAAGUCAACUGCUGUAUACGUUAUUUACUCAGAGACGUCAGCUGGCAUACAUCAUCUGCUCGGACAAGUGUGUUGUACAAUAGGUAUCCACUCCGGCAAGUCAACUGCUGUAUACGUUAUUUACUCAGAGACGUCAGCUGUCAUACAUCAUCUGCUCGGACAAGUGUGUUGUACAAUAGUUAUCCACUCCGGCAAGUCAACUGCUGUAUACGUUAUUUACUCAGAGACGUCAGCUGGCAUACAUCAUCUGCUCGGACAAGUGUGUUGUACAAUAGGUAUCCACUCCGGCAAGUCAACUGCUGUAUACGUUAUUUACUCAGAGACGUCAGCUGGCAUACAUCAUCUGCUCGGACAAGUGUGUUGUACAAUAGUUAUCCACUCCGGCAAGUCAACUGCUGUAUACGUUAUUUACUCUGAGACGUCAGCUGGCAUACAUCAUCUGCUCGGACAAGUGUGUUGUACAAUAGUUAUCUACUCCGGCAAGUCAACUGCUGUAUACGUUAUUUACUCAGAGACGUCAGCUGGCAUACAUCAUCUGCUCGGACAAGUGUGUUGUUUUACAAUAGGUAUCCACUCCGGCAAGUCA